AAAUUUCAAGCAGAAUUCGUUGUUCAGAACGUCAAACCCACUCGAGAAAGCAAAUGCAGGUGAUUUGACGAUUUUUCCCUGACAUUUCCCGGUUUUCCCGGUAAUUCCUUACCGUGGCAACCCUGGGUAUUUUCUCCAUGCAUAGGUCCAUACUUCUACGUAUUUUAUGCUCUAGUGAUAUCAUACAUUUUGUUUCAGUUGCUCUGGUCACGCUGGCUCUCUGGUCAUUCUGUGCAUCCAAUGUAAAUGCCCAAAACUAUAAACUGAGCGAAUUAACGUGGCACCCUGGUACGUAUUACAAAUGCACCCACCCUGAUAUGCAUUUUUUGGUGGUGGACAGCGAAAUUUUAAUCUACACGAUGGAUCACAGCGUCACUAAAACCUACACGACCGUCGUUGAAGUCAAUAAAAAGUCUGCAUUUGCUAAUGGAGUCUACGUGAAGGAAAAGAUAAUCAGAAGGAGCGGGAAUUUCAAUGCGAACGUGGGGGCCGCAAUGGCGAAAAGUCUCAUCGGAAAAAGAUUGCCGUACGACAAGCUGAGAUGUAACGGGCCCAGGUACAUCUCGUACUUCCUCCACGGUGAGAUCCUUACAUCGUGGAGUGACAAGUUCGCCCACGGUGGGCUGAGUCCCGACUGUCCACUACAGAGGUCCCUCCAUGGCCUCACCGUCCACCAUGUCACGGACCCCAAAUUCGAACUGCAAGACAACCGGGGUAACAUGAUUCCGGUGGACUCCUUGGAGGAUUAUCCCAGCUACGAAAGUAUUUACGGUUAUCUCCGCCAUGCUCCGACGUCUCCGACAAUGCGGCAACGCUCGAGCAGCCCUGUCCGCAGAGGUAGCUCAUUUCUCAGCCGAAGUAGGAGAUUCUUAACCCGGAGUCGAAGUUUAUUUUUUUUCCGAACCAGCUCUCAAGCCAAUAAUAUCCAGAUGCCAAUUGGACCGACUUCAUCAGGAAGGAGCCGACAAGCAUCAAUUCGAAACUGAGAAAAAGAGGUUUGAAGUUUUAUUCCUGCACAGAGACAAGAGACC